AGAUUUAAAAUUUGAAACAUAUAAUGAUGUUUUAAAUCAUUAUUUAUAUUGAUUGUGAUUAUUUGUAAACUAUGCAGUCACAAAUUUUAUAAAAUCAUUGUAAUAAUUUUUUAAUUUUCAUUAAAUUAAGUAAAAUGGUCAAAAUUUGUGAUGAUUUAAAUGAACUUAAAUUAAUAGUUAGAUGUGUAUUAGUUGCUACUUUAGAAGCUUUGACUAUUGAAGAACUAUGGAAAAAAGUGACUUAUUUGUUUGGAGGCCCGUACAGCGUGAAAUUAGAUUUAUUUGGCUUUAAUUCUGUACAUGAUUUCUUAAAAAGUAUUCCAGAUAUUGCUGAAUUAAGGGAUUCUGAGGAUGAAAAUUCUAUAGUUAACCUUGUUAGUUCACAAUUGAGUAGACAUAUGGAAAUCCUUGUGUCCUUCAACAUCCAAAGACCUAAAAUUAAUAAAAACCAGAUAUCUCAUAGAGACCUACUAAUUCCUUACCAAACCCAAUGUGCAUUUAUAAGAAUUUUUUCUGAGCUAUACACCGAUGGAUUAUCCAUGUGUGCAUUUGAAUCAGAAAUUUUACAUUUGCCAAUUUUUAAACCAUUCAUGGAUUGUGUAGAACCAUUAUUGUUCAAUUUAGACCAUAUAUUUAAAAAAUGUGGGAAUGGUGUUUUAAUGUUAAAUCAACACAUUCUUGAAAAUCUCAAUAAGUUAUGUGAAAAAGAUAAAUUUUCAGCCUUGGAUAUUUAUAACAUUGAUGAAUUUUCAUUGGAAAGUGAGGAUCAAAUGAGCUAUAUUGCUGAAGGAUUAGAGUAUCCAUUGAUCGAUAUUCUAGAAGAAACAAUAAAAAUCAAUAUUGAACAACUCUUAGAUGAACAAUCUAAUUGGAUAUCUGAAAGUCAAAUUCCUGAUUUAUAUAUGGAGAAAUUUGGGUCUACAUUUAAUCAUUAUAGACGAUGGGGUUUUACUAGAGUAAGCCAAAUGUUUUCAAAAUUACCUGAACUAUGCUGUAUUGAUUUUUCUAAAAUAGAUGUAAAAAUAAUUUCAAAAAACAAACUUUCUGCUAAUGUUCUAAAAACUUCUGAACUAUCAAAUAAUAAUAUAGGAACUUAUAAAUCAUCAAAACUUUCAGUAAAAAGAGUGUCUGAGAAAUAUUCAGAAGAAAGUGAUGGUGUAUUGAAAAAAUUUUUGAGGAAUGAUACAUACUUACAAGCAUCAAUAGAUGACUGCUUUUUGGAUGAUGAAAUAAAGUUACCAUCUUGCUUACAAAUUAACUGUUUAUUGAAUGUUAGACUUAAUAAUGUACAUUUUAAUCUAUACCAAACACCAACACUAUUUUGCCAAAUACAUGGAUCAAAUGAAUACAUAAAUUUACUUAUGGAAAUGAAAAAAUUUUAUUUAGAAUAUCAAGAUAAGUUUAAAUUUAAUCAAACUUUAACUAUGGUUAGAAAUACUUAUGCAUUUUCAUUAGGCGAUAAUUGGUUCAGAGGUACUAUUUUAAGAAUUGAUCCUGAUAAAGUAAAAAUCAUGAAUAUUGAUGAUGGCUUAAUACAUCACAUUUCAUUUGAUAAUAUAAGAAUAUUAUACAAAGGUUUUAGUACAUUACCUUCUCAAGCAUUAGUAUGUCAUUUAAAUGGAAUAUAUUCAAUUGACAAAAAUAAAUUGCUAAAUUUAAUUAAUAAAGAUUGUAGAAUACUAGUUACCGAGAUCAAUCAACAUAAUAAUUCUGUUGGUAUUAAAAUAAAAUUGGCCAGUACAGCCUUGGAUGAAUACUUAAAUGACAUAUGGAUUUCUUCUGGUGAUGCAUUAGCUGACUCUUCUUCAGAUGAAGAUUAAAAAUUACAAUUAAAUAUUUAAUAUUAAUCGUGUUACUUUUUUAUAUUUUAAUAAAGUUAUUUUAAGCUGAA